AUGGCUUCAGCAAAUGGGCCGCAGUUUACUGAUCGAAGUGCAAAGGCACUGACUGAUGCUGCAAACCUGGCAGAACAAUAUGCACAUUCUCAGAUUCUACCAGUCCAUCUGGCAGUCGCUCUCUUCGAUCCGGCUCCCGAUGAAUCAAAAGACCAGCAAACUACCAUGAAUGCUUCACAGUCUCAUGCCUCAGCACCCCUCUUCAAACAAGUCGUAGAGCGAGCCCAUGGUGACCAGCAGCUACUGGAUAGAGCGCUGAAGAAGCAACUCGUGCGACUUCCCAGCCAAGACCCUCCUCCAGACCACGUCACCAUGUCUCCAGCCCUAUCAAAGGUCAUCAGAUCUGCGCAGGAACUCCAGAAAACUCAGAAAGACAGCUUCGUCGCCAUAGACCAUCUAAUUACUGCCCUCGCACAAGAUCCCAAGAUUCAAGAAGCCCUCCGUGAGGCCAACAUUCCGAACAACAAACUCAUCGAUACUGCCAUACAACAAAUACGAGGCACGAAGCGAGUGGACUCGAAGAAUGCCGAUUCGGAGGAGGAAAAUGAGAACCUCAAGAAGUUCACCAUUGACAUGACUCAGUUGGCAAGAGAAGGCAAAUUGGAUCCUGUCAUUGGCCGAGAAGAAGAGAUACGUCGUGUGGUUCGAAUUCUAUCCCGACGAACAAAGAACAACCCCGUCCUGAUUGGUGAGCCCGGUGUUGGAAAGACCACAGUCAUUGAGGGUCUUGCCCAACGGAUCAUCAACGCCGAUGUCCCUGCCAACCUUGCCGCCUGCAAACUACUCUCACUCGAUGUGGGUUCUCUGGUCGCGGGCAGUAAAUACAGAGGUGAAUUCGAGGAGAGAAUGAAGGGUGUACUCAAAGAGAUAGAGUCUUCGAACGAAACUAUCGUCUUGUUUGUCGACGAAAUUCAUCUUCUCAUGGGCGCGGGUUCUAGUGGAGAAGGUGGCAUGGAUGCUGCCAAUCUCCUCAAGCCUAUGUUAGCACGCGGACAAUUGCAUUGUAUCGGUGCCACCACCCUUGCCGAGUAUCGGAAGUACAUCGAGAAGGACGCCGCUUUCGAGCGAAGAUUUCAACAAGUCCUGGUCAAAGAACCCACUGUACCCGAGACAAUAUCAAUUCUUCGAGGUCUGAAGGAACGUUACGAGGUCCACCACGGUGUUACCAUCCUAGAUGGUGCCAUUGUUGCGGCUGCUAGUUUGGCUGCUCGUUAUAUAACAUCUCGACGCUUACCAGAUUCUGCAGUUGACCUGAUUGAUGAGGCGGCAGCUGACGUUCGAGUUAUUCGAGAAUCCCAACCAGAAGUACUCGACAAUCUCGAACGACGUCUUCGACAACUCGAAAUAGAAAUUCAUGCUCUUCAACGAGAAACGGAUCCAUCCUCGGCUCAGCGACUUGAAGAAGCUAGACGCGAAGCAGCAAACACCAAGGAAGAGCUCGAGCCCUUGAAGGAACACUAUGAGCGUGAAAAGGCUCGUUCCAGAGAAAUUCAAGAGGCCAAGAUCAAAUUGGAAUCACUGAAAAAUAAGAAGGAUGAAGCCGAACGAUCCAACGAUCUGCAAACGGCUUCCGAUUUGACAUACUACGCUAUUCCUGACACCACUGCGAAGAUCAAGGCUCUCGAAGCUGCUAGAGCUCAGGCAGAUGCAGAACAACAUCUCAGACUCGGCAACCUGGGAGAGGCAUCACCAACCGACGCUGUUGGCCCCGAACAAAUCAAUGCCAUUGUCGCCAAAAUGACGGGCAUUCCAAUUACCAGACUCCGUGCAUCCGAAAAGGAAAAGAUUCUACACAUGGAAGCCCAUCUCCAGAGAAUUGUGGUAGGUCAAAAGGAAGCUGUCAGAGCAGUGUCGAAUGCCAUCCGACUUCAACGAUCAGGACUGGGUAAUCCAAAUCAACCACCCAGUUUCCUCUUCUGUGGUCCCUCAGGUACCGGAAAGACCCUUCUUACAAAAGCUUUGGCCGAGUUCUUGUUCGAUGACUCCAAGGCCAUGAUCCGUCUUGACAUGUCGGAAUACCAAGAACGACAUUCAUUGUCGAGAAUGAUCGGCGCACCGCCCGGCUAUGUUGGGCAUGAUGCUGGUGGUCAGCUUACGGAAGCCCUCAGACGUCGGCCGUUCUCGAUCCUCUUGUUCGACGAAGUUGAAAAAGCGGCCAAAGAAGUACUCACUGUUCUUCUUCAACUCAUGGAUGAUGGUCGAAUUACUGAUGGACAAGGAAGAGUGAUCGAUGCCAGAAAUUGUAUUGUUGUGAUGACGAGCAAUUUGGGUGCCGAGUAUCUCGCACGAAACAAUGCACCUGAUGGACGUAUCGAUCCAACCACAAGAGAAUUGGUAAUGAAUGCGCUACGGAACUACUUCUUGCCCGAGUUCCUGAACAGAAUCAGUUCGACUGUGAUCUUCAAUCGUUUGUCUAGGCGCGAAAUUCGGAAGAUUGUCGAUUUACGACUAUCGGAGAUUCAGAAACGUCUUGAGUCAAAUGACAAGAAGGUGAUAAUCGAUGCUACUGAUGAGGUCAAGGAUUACCUAGGAGCUGCGGGAUAUUCACCAGCCUACGGUGCUCGACCAUUACAACGAUUGAUUGAAAAAGAGAUCCUCAAUCGGUUGGCAGUGCUCAUGCUCAGAGGAGCAAUCAAAGAUGGCGAAACCGCACACAUCGAGUUGGAAGAUGGUAGAGUCAUCGUUCUACCCAACCACACAGAUAGUGACAUGGACGAUGAUGAGGACAUGUUUGACGAAGACGAUGCUAUGUUGGAACUUGAGGAUGGUGCCGACGGCAAUAUGGAUCUUUAUGAAUAA